CUAUAUUUGUUAGAGCGCGUGAAGAGAGAGCAAUUUCCAAAUUGAAUUGAAAAUGAAAAAAAUCCUAUUCGCAUAUUGCCAGUGACAUAUCUCGUUGACCUGAUAAGGAUAUAACCAACAAAGAUACGUGGAACAAAGAAUUUAAUACGCUUUGUCCAAUAAGUAGAGGUUCAUAAUCCGAACUGGGAAUAACCAACGUCUACCGAAUCUAGCGAAAAAGGAAAGGUGAAAGUGCGUUCGUAGUACGUGACAGUACAGCAUCGGUCUGACCAACCCAGAUUGAAAUUGGAGUGACUGGUCCUCAACGGGGACUAGUUUGAGUGUAAGUGGGAGCUGUCAAAAGGGGGUAUCGAUAUUUCUCAAAAAGGGCAAUAGUUUGAUGAAUGUCGGAGAGUGACUGUGAUUCGGCUAACGAGUACACAAGUCUGAUGGACGGUCACGUUGCGGAGGCUCGCACGGACAACCUGAACUUGGUUACCGAACGCCGAAAACGUCGAUCAAAAGCACCGAGUAGCGACGAGGCUGAUCAUGGAGUACCUGAAGUACACAUUGAGACGCCUGGGGCAUCGGCGCCUGAGAAUUCUGAUAGGAGAUCUGGAUCUAGGGGUGCCCGUGCCAAUGAAUCUAGAGAAUUGUAUCAGGAUGAGGACGAGGAGGAACUGAAGUAUGGUGCUGCACAUGUCAUCAAACUCUUUGUUCCUGUUUCACUUUGUAUGCUGGUCGUUGUUGCAACUAUCAGCUCAAUUAAUUUUUAUACUACUAAAGGACAGUAUUUGGUAUAUACUCCGUUUCAUGACGAGAGCAAUGACACUGGCACGCUCUUGUGGCAGGCUAUUGCCAAUUCACUUAUAUUAAUGGGAGUCAUCGUGUGCAUGACUGUGGUACUUAUACUGUUGUAUAAGUAUAGAUUUUAUAAGGUGAUACAUGGAUGGCUCAUUGUUAGCUCUCUUAUGCUGCUCUUCUUGUUUUCUAUAUUAUAUUGCGAAGAAGUAUUGAAAGCAUACAACAUUCCAAUGGAUCUCAUAACAUUGUUAAUAGUCUUGUGGAAUUUUGGAGUAGUAGGAAUGGUAUGCAUCCACUGGCAAGGUCCAUUACCGUUGCAACAAGCAUAUCUAAUUUUCAUAGCUGCGCUGAUGGCAUUAGUUUUCAUCAAAUAUCUACCAGAAUGGACAGCAUGGGCAGUCCUUGCAGUUAUAAGUAUUUGGGAUCUCAUAGCAGUGCUGUCCCCGAAAGGUCCUCUCAGGAUCUUAGUAGAGACGGCUCAGGAACGUAAUGAGCCAAUCUUCCCAGCUCUGAUUUACUCAUCCACAAUCAUGUACACUUUCACACUAAAUUAUGCGGGAUAUGUAGAAGCAGCGACACUCAUGGCUAGUGGCGAUGCAGCCGCCGGCGAUGGUGUCCGUUCAUCCGCCCGAAUACAAACACAAAAUCAAAGUAAUUCUGCAUCUGGAGAUGCAGAAGAAGGUGGCUUCACCACGGAAUGGGUGGAAACUCACGCUGACCGUAGUGCUAGAAGGGCCCAGGAAGUUCGAGAAAAUACGUCAACCCUCAUAAACGAUUCUCAUCAGGAUGAGUCUCGCUUGCAACAGUCUCAACAACAACAAAACCAGUCACAAACCACACCUGUGGAAGAGGAACGUGGUGUUAAACUGGGAUUGGGAGACUUCAUCUUCUAUAGCGUACUCGUAGGAAAAGCUUCCAGUUAUGGCGACUGGAAUACUACCCUAGCCUGCUUCGUUGCUAUUCUAAUCGGUUUGUGCUUGACCUUACUUCUCUUGGCUAUCUUCAAGAAGGCUCUACCAGCUCUACCUAUUUCCAUCACCUUUGGUCUGAUCUUCUACUUUGCAACGAGGGUAAUAGUUGCACCAUUCGCAGACAGCCUGGCCAGCGAGCAAGUAUUCAUUUAGCUGUAACCCCCCAUAAAAUAUACAAAUUGACUGUAUUCUUAGUUUCGUAAGCGGUGAACAAUAAUCUUACGACACAUUCGUAA